CAAUACGUCCAAACCAAGCAUAGCAUGAGCCUGAGCCUUUCCCAGUCGUUCUUUUUGGUACAACCUCUGCACCCGGCAAAACCCCCAAACUCACCCCACAUCCGACAACGGUGCCAUCGCCUCCAACACUGCGAAUUCAAUCCACUUGAGAAGCAGUCCAACCGCAGUCCAACCGCAGUCCUUGAGCGAGGUGUUCUGUCCUUGCCUGUUUGGCACGAGAUCAGCCCGCCAGACCAAGACGAGACACACACCGAGAGACACACACACACCGACCAAGACACACACACACACACAAAUGUACAGCUUGAAUGCGCCGCGGCGGCUCUUCCUGGUCGCGGUGGCGCUGCUGUCGAGCUUUGUGACGUACCAGAUCUGCUACGUGGUGCUGUGCACGGAGGCGUCGUACCGCGCGACGGUGCCACUCAAGUCUGCGGCGAACGCGGCAGCCAUCCAGCAAGCGGUGGCUGGGCUGUACGACCCUCGCGAUCCGUUCGUGAGCGAGCCGGGGUCGGCCGACUGCUGCGAGUGCCAGUUCAGCGAGGCUGAGAGCUGGCGAACAGUCCACCUCGAGUGGAACGAGGCCACGCCGGCCGUCGCGCCGCUGCGGCCAAAGGGCCUGCCAAUCAUCUACAUUAUCACGCCGACCAAGCAGCGCGCGGGCCAGAAGGCCGAUCUCACCCGGUUUGCAAACACGCUGCGCCAAGUCCCCGCGCUGCACUGGAUUGUCGUCGAGGACGCAGAGACCACCUCGCCGCUCGUCGCGGGCGUCCUGGCGCGGUCGGGCAUGGCUGGAUCGUACACCCAUCUUGCCAUCUCGACACUGCCCGCGGCGUGGUGGCUGCCCCGGUGGAAGAACCAUCGCGGCGUCGAGCAGCGCAACUUUGGUAUCGAGUAUCUCCGUGGCAUGCUCAACAACAUGGUCAAGACGCCGCACAGGCCGCAUGUGAUUGUUAUGGGACAAACCAGCAGCGAUCGAGGCGCGAGUAACAACAACAACAACAACAUUGAGGAGCGCAGCACCCCGAACACGACCACCGGGUCUGACAACAACAACAACGACAACAACAACAUGAACAGCAACAGCUACAGCAACAGCAACAACUUGGUGCCCAUCCCCCGCAUCCAGGGUAUCGUCGAUACUCGGAGCAUGACGUACAAGCAAAAGCGCGCCAUCCAAGUACAGCUACAGCUGCAGGCACUGCAGUACGCAGGGUCUGCUGCGCACGCUGUGAACGGCCUCAUCUACUUUGCAGACGACGACAACUCGUACGAUCUGCGGGUCUUUGAGCGGAUGCGCUUUGCGCGCCACCUGCCUGUGUGGCCCGUCGGUAUUGUCGGCGGGCUGUGGUACGAGGGCCCGUUGGUGGACCCGGACUCUGGCAGCGUCAAGUGGCACGCAGAGUGGCGGCCAGAGCGCGAAUUUCCCAUCGACAUGGCUGGUUUUGCCAUCCACCUUCGACAUGUUCUGUCAACCACAGGCGACAUUGUCUCUCGAGCGUCAUCGGGAGGCUACCUCGAGACGGAUGUCCUGAGCAACUUUGCCCAGUCCCGGAAGGAUGUCGAGGCUGUAGCUGAUUCCAGUCGUGGCAUUUAUGUCUGGCACACACGCACAGUUGAUCCGGUCCUUGACAACGACCCUGCAAUCGCAUUCGAUCCUACCAUCGAAGUGUGAGCCUGCCUCGUUUUGAUUUACGUGUUACAUUUUCUGUUUGUUAACAACGGUGUCCUUUUUCCCUCUUCUUCUCUUCUUCUACUUCUCCCCAGCUUUCCUUGCUCGUUUGUGAACUACUUUGGGGCACCAUUUUCUGUAUGUCGCUGUACUCGUAUGCUGCUUCUUUGUAGUUCAAGACCAUUGAUUGAAUCCAGACUGCAGUCAAAUAGAACCAAAGUAUAGCAUUGAAGGACAAAAAAAUCAAUCGAAAGACAUG